AUGCGGGUCGAAUUCAGAAUCAAGGGGCAGUGGGGAUUUAUCGAAGGCACAGAACAAAAACCCCAGCCUGAUGAUCAAAUCAACCUUCUCAAAUGGGAAAAAGAAGAUAUGACGGUUUUUUCGUCAAUUCUGAACAACAUAGAGCCACAGCUAAUGCAUAAUCUCGCUGAGUAUCAAACAUCAAGGGCCUUAUGGGAGGCACUGGCAGUAACCUAUGGGGCAGGGACAAAUUCGUUUCAAAUCUACCAUCUACAGAAUGAAGCUGCUAGACGGGUACAAGAAAAUCAGACACUUGAGGCGUACUGGAAUGACCUCCAAGGCCUAUGGUUGGCUAUUGACCGUCGCCGACCAAACCCAAUGACUGGCGACAACAACAUCACAACAUACAACAAAAUUACCCAACAAAACAAACUGUUUAAUUUUUUGGGUGGACUGAAUGGUGACCAUGACAGUAUCAGACGAGAAAUUCUCCGGGAAGACCCACUUCCCUCAGUGGAGGCCGCGUACGGGAAAGUUCGGAAGGAGGCCGCCCAACGCUGA